AUGAAGCGCCCCGCCGACUCGAAAAUUCUUAAUGAUGAUCCGUGUCUAAAGCGAGUCCCUCCGUGGCCAGAGCCAUCACCACAUGCUCGUGCAGUACGACACGAGUCUCCUCCACCCAACUCCUCUCUCACUGCCAAUUCUUCUCCUCCCUGGUGUUUCCUGGUCACUGGUCCUCCCCUUUAUGCACAGAAGGGUGGUUUUCUCAACCGCGGCACUAUCGUCAUCCCACUCGCCUACUCUCACCCCAAUGACCCACAACCUGGCCCUGGAUCCUCCUCGAUUUCCGAACGCCUAGUCGCCAAAAUGAGUUGGCAACUCUCGAACCGAUUUGCGGAGGAUAUUACGCUACGUCUUACCCGGAAGAAAAUCCCUACGCAUUGGAGAAAACACGUUACCGAUCUCAUGUGCUCUGCUGCCAAUUGGGCCGCUAUCCGGAGCUCAAAGACUGAUUUCUUGGCCACGCAACUCCCCAAGCUUCUCGAACAUGUUACCACCCCUAUGGAAUCUCUGAAGGCAUGCUGGAUCGCCCCGGUCAUCACGAACAUGAUGAUUAACAACUUUCAGCGACUUGUGCAAUGCGCGGAUGGCCCCAUCGAAGGCGAUCUCUUCGAGUUCGAGACCUUCAUGAAGGUAUUGGAGCCAGAAAUGAAGGUUGCUGAAUUGGAUGACGACGAUUCCACGGCCGCAUAG